AUGAACUACACUGCACGCGCAAAAUUGGGAAAAAACAACAAUUGCAUCACCGCGCUUUUGAGCGCAAAAUUAAUCGGAAAUCUGAUUAAUUUCGGUUGCUCCGCCCCCGCAAAUGCAUUAUUCGUCCAAUUUAAUUUGCAGGUUCGACGGAAAUGACUCAACGGCGCGGCGGAGCGAAAGGACUCGUUAUCGUUGACUCCCGUGAGCACUUUCUGCAAAAAUAUUGGAAAACUAGGCCUUAUAUUGCUUCUUCAUUUUCUGCGAGUAAUCCAGAAUCAAAUUUCAUUUAAUCCGAGUUUUAAUUUUCGAAUUUCCGCUUUCUCCUUUCAUUUUUCCGCAUCUUCACCGGAGAAGAUUGGAAUUGAGAUUGGAAAUUUUUAUGGGCGAGAAAAGGAAGUGUGCUCUUCAGUUUUUCGUAAAGCUUAACACAAAAUUGCAAUCAAAUUUAACGUCAAACAAUCUGAAACGUUCAAAAUCAUUUCUCAAUGUACUCAAAAAUGAUGGAUCAAAGUAACCCUUUCUAUUCAUUUUUCGCAUAUUUUUGUCGGCCGAAACGAAGCCCUUCAAGAAUCCCGGAAAAAUUGAAGGAAAUUAUAUAAUUCCGCUUAUAAAUAUUCAAAUUAGUCGUGCUCAUCUGACGCCCGUUUUCCGCCGUUUUCCCCCAUUUUUUCGUCGCCGUCUAUCGCCUAAUUCGCAUUACUUUUUCAGUCGAAUUUCUCACGUUUUCCGCAUUUUUCACAUGGUCAAAUGAUUGGAAAGAUCUGCUGAUUUUUCAGGGCUGGGCAAGUUUCGGCCCAGGCCUUUUGAAGCCUGGACUUUUGACCCACAAUUUUCGCAAAACCCGGCUUUUUCGGCGUCCGGUCCACAUAUCUCGGGACCGGAUGAGCCGAUCGGUCUGAAACUUGGACCCAAUAUACUUCAACCCAAGUCCAAGAGGUCUGCAAAGUUUGGUCCCGAUCGGUUUAUUGCAAGUGGUCCAAAAGUCCAGGACUCGGCAGGCCUUCAAAAAGCCUGGGCCGGCCUUUUUCCCAGCCCACGUUUUUAGGAUCUUUGCACUCGAAAACGUGCCUAAAAAUUCGUUUGAAAAUUGAAUUGAAUGCUAGCAUCUUUCUUCCAAAUGUCUGUGUUCGCCUAAAAAUUCGUUUAAAUAAUCGCGUUUUGCAGAGGCGAGUAACAUAAAAAAGAUCGCAUUCAUGGCCAGUACGGUCGCGUUCGAAUUCAACAAAGCCACGCUGAAAUUAAGGUUUCUAUGCUUUUUUGGAAAAAAAGUAAUUUGAAAAUUUGCAGAAGAAGUCUGCACAUUUCACCGCGCGGAUCGCCAGAAGUCGUCCGAAAAUGCACGGCCGGAGAUCCGUUUGAAAACGAAAAUGAGUCGCCCGGAAGCAUCCAAAGGUCGAAAAUGUUGUUUUUGAUCAAUGUUCAGGAAAAUACUUCGAUAAUGCUGUUCUGUUUUUUUUGAAUCUUUGAAAUUUCUGUAAAAUUUGAGAGACCUCUUCGUUUCGCAACGUGAUAUUCCACAACCGUUACGCUUCGCAACUGUGACGAAAUGCAACCAAAUGGGGCACUAGCAAGCAAAUCGUGCUAGUUGCGAAGCGUACUGGUUGCGAAACACGUGAUUGACAUUCGUUAUGAUUCAAAAUUGCAGCACAUCCAGAAAAAGCUCAAAGCGAAAUCGGCAAUUGUGCGCGGAGCUCUCCUCGUUCGCUCUUUAUCCACUUUUCGGUAGUUUCUGAAAUGGCGUUUUGAGAAAACGAUUUUGAAAAACGCACAGGCGCCCUCUCGCCGUCGCACUUUUCCUCGCCGAAUCUUCUGUUCCAAAACGAGAAGAAACCGACGAAACGGAUGGAAUUUAUGGAUUUUUGCGACUCGGAUUUCCGUCACAUCUUCGCCUUUAUGAAUCGUAUGUUACAUUGAGAGUUUGAAAAAGGAUUCUGAAAUCAAAAAAAAAAAAAAGUUUUGCAGCCCAAUCGCUAUUGAAUCUGUCACAAACUAGCCAACGACUGCGUGCUCUGUGCCACCACCACGAAUCGAAUUCACCGAAAAGAGAUGUAAUCCCAAUGCCAACAUUUUACACCAAAAACAUUGAGUUUCCAGGUGACAUCGCACGAAAUCGUCAUUUCGUUCAAUCAAUUGCGUCGACGCACAGAAGUGCGUCUGCUGAAAAGGGACCGAACUCGCGCGGACCCGAAAUUCACGGGCGACACGAUUCGAUCGGUGCUCGCGCCCUUUUCCAGAGCACUCACCAGAGUUGGUUGCCGAAAAAUCGAUAUUUUCCAGAAUCCUCUUGCAGAUAACAUUCGAAACGACGGUGUUCGUGACGGAUUGGCUCGACGAGGUGCUCGAAUUGCACGCGGAACGCCGUCUGAUUCCGCUGAGUCUCGUGUUCACGGGCGGAGCACUUACGAAGGGAAACCAGAGGAACGGCGCCGAUCUGCGCAGCAUUUCAGAGGCCGAAUUCAUCGGAUUCGUGCACAAACUGCAGCCACACCUCCAGGAAGUGCAACUCUCCACUUCCAGGUGAGCAAGUGCGCUCCAGUGAACUCGCGGAGGACUAGGACGCCUGACUGCAACUGUGAAUUGCUCGAAAUUUCAAUCCGAAUAGCAAAAAAGUAGUUUUUAAUAGAUUGGGAACAAAUGUGACCUAGUAGCGGCCUAAAAUUCCGACCCGAUUGCAGAAUGUUCAAAAUGAGCAGAUCGCCGGCGCGCCUCCUCGAAAUGAUCCGAAUGCUGUCGAGUUUCGGAAUCGUCUACGAACGGCCGCCCCUUCGGUUCGCAUUUGAAGAGAUCUCCGACGCGAUCACGGUAUGGGUCUCGACACGAAUUUAUGCAUUUUUCAAACGACUAUUGUAGAACUCUGAGGGAUCCUAUGGUUCUGAAACUGUUGUUUGUGAAGUCCUUGCAUCUGAUACUGUACCUUUGUAGUUGAAAACGUUUCUGUAAGAGCAUCCCCUGGAGUACUGUAUCCCUUGGAAGUUAGAACUGAAAUAGAGAAUCUAUAAAGUUUCUAACUUCUAAGAAAAUGCUCGUACAAAAAAGUUUUCAACUAGAAAAGAACGUACGAGAUAUUAAACUUUAUUUUCCUGUUGCAGACGUGGCGCUCGGACCCGGUUUCCCGAAGCUGCGACGUGUUCAUGCGGCGGCCGUGCGACCUCCCGUGCUCCGACGACGACUGGCUCCGGAUGGGCGGCUCCGUCGACGUGAGCCGCGUCGACCCGUACUCGGAGGAGGUGCUCAUCUCGAAAGUCUCCAUCAAACACUCUUUUCUUGUACACAUCGACUUGAUAUUUCACUUCCACUGA